CUUUAAUUAGGGUUUCUUAUUAAUUCCACAAAGAAGAAGACAGAUUCAACUUCAAAUCCUGGUUCUGGUACGUAUUGUUUAUCUAGCUUUCUCGUAGACAUGUUUAAUAUGAUAUUUCUUUAAUUAACUGUUUGAUCAAGUAUCUUUAAUCAAGUUAAUUUAAUUUGGAUUUAUUCAUCAUAUGAUCUGGUUUUCCACAACCCCUUGGCUUUUUUUUUUGUGUCCCAAAAACUGAUUUUUAUUUUUCUUUUCUAACAGAUGGCAGAAUCAAACUUCAAGAAUAACAAAUCGAUCAUGGGUGGUGGAAACCCUACUAAGGACAUCAAACUUGGAAACUUUGCUUUCGUACCAAGAAGUGUGUAUAUGGGGGACGACACUUUGACAAACACUACAAUGACUUUGACGGAUUCACAUAAGCUGAUAGCCAGGGAGAAGUCGAAAAUAUCUAACGCAUCGCCGGCGUUAGAAAACUUGGUCGACGGCGUCAGGAAAUCCGCCAACGACGACAAGAUCGGAGGAGGAGGAAAUAUUAGUACAAGUAGUACUCUGUGGUGGCCCGGCAUGGAUAAUAUAGUUUGCGAUCUUCCGGGCAUCGAUCCUAAGUCAAUGGGAGAAAAAGAAUUGGAAGCAGCAGUUAACGCGCACAUCCAUGAGAAACUUUAUGGUCCUAGUAAAGGUCAUAGGUUGCCAGCUUUUACAGAAAUUUGUCCUUAGGGCUGUUUCCUCCAUAGCCUAGGGUUUUCUUUUUGUUGCUCCUUUUUAGGCUUCGAUGGUAAUUAAUUACGUGAUCAACUCUGGUUAUUUUUCCAUAAUAGUUUGUUACAUGGAUGAAAAAACAAUUAUAUUUUUACCCACUUCGAUAAGUAC